AUGUUUUCUGGUGGUUCAUUCAUAAACUUCACAAUUCCAGAUAAAAUCACAUAUAUUGGCAAUAAUGCAUUUGCACGGUGUAGAUCAUUAACAAACUUCAUAUUUCCAGAUAAAAUCACAUAUAUCAGAAAUAAUACAUUUGAACAAUGCACAUCAUUAACAAACAUCAUUAUUCUCGGUAAAUCUGUUUCAAUCGGAUAUCGAGCAUUUUAUUCAUGCACAAGUUUAACAAAUUUUACCACCUUAGGAAGCAUAUCAUAUCUUGGGAGAGAAUCAUUUUCAUUUUGUGGACUCACAAAUUUCACAAUAUUAGUGAAUGCAUUAAUUAUAGAAAUGGAUGCAUUUUCGGAUUUGCCAAACUUAACAAGUAUUACAUUUAUAGGGAGCAUAAAUUCUAUUAAUAAUUAUGCAUUUCAUCAUUGUACAUCACUAACAAAUGUUACAAUCAUAGGAAGUGUUACUUCUAUUGGAAAAGAAGCAUUUUCUUGGUUUACAUCUUUAACAAAUAUUGCAAUCACAGGAAAUGUAAAUUCUAUUGGAGAUCGUGCAUUUUAUAAUUCUACAGAACUAACAAAUGUUACAAUCACAGGAAGUAUAACAUCUAUUGGAAAAGAAGCAUUUAG